AUGACUGGUGUUCAAGAAAUUUCGUGCAAGCUUUGCCUCAAAACUGUAACCGUUAAAGGUUUUGAGGUAAUAAACAACGUUAUUAGAGAUAUUUUAGAUGUUCUUUUGCUGAAAUUGAAAUUGGAUAGCGAAGGCAAAGAGGUUAUAUGUAACGUUUGCAGAAGAAAGUUAAACGCAGCAUUCCAAUUUAAGUCAACUUGUCUGAAGACCGAUUACACAAUUAUUCCGUAUGUGGAUUGUGAAAAAAUGUUACAGCUCGAUAUAAGAGAUGCGUAUACGAAGGAAAAGACCAGCGAGUCAAUGGAUAUUUCAGAUGGUCAGAAAAUAUGUCGAUUGUGUAUGCACCCAGUAGAAAGUGAGUUUAGGUGCAUACGUGAAGAGGAACUUGAAGCCAUCGAGAAAUUGGCUCCUGAAAUGAAUAUAAAUAUCAUCAAAGAUCCCGUUGUGUGUAAGGAAUGCUUUGAUUCUGUGUGCACCCACAACAGUUUCCUAAAAAAUUGCUUGGAAGUACAGAAAAAAAUUGGAGGUAUUUUUAAUAGCGCAGCAACAGAGAGUCGGAUAGAUACGUCACCAUCUGAUUUAUUCCUUAAGACUGAAAACCAGGACAUAGAAUUCGAUAUUGACGGGACGGAAAUGUCAAUCAAAGCUGAAAGUAUCGACAUAAAAUCGGAAGAUGAGGAAAGAAGGGACUCGCUACUGCAUAGCUCCGUUAGUGAAUCAUUCGAGAAGAGGGUCCUUAGAGAUGCAGAAGAGGAUGGAUGUAAACAUGAGAAUAGAUCGACAAACGAAUGUAAUACGAGGGACAAGCAGAAUGACAAAGUAUUUUACAAAUGUGAUAAAUGUAUUUGUAAAAUUGGAAGCGAGAGCAGUUUUAUAGCACACCGUGCGAGACACGAGAACGGUUCGGAAGCAUAUAAAUGUGAAUCGU